AUGGCUGAUGGCGAUGAUGAGCUGGGAAUAGGGUACCGGUCAGACAAUAUCGGCAAUGCAGUUCGCCUCAUUGACGUUUUCAGAAAUGCGGUAGGAAGUGGUCAGAUCACGACCGGAUCAAAAGAAAUCUCGACAAUGGUGCAGGAACUGUGCCGAUUUCAGGUAGCGUCCCUGUGCUCGACGGAUGAUCUGCGUGCCACGGUGGUUAUAGAGCGAGGACCAAGAACACUCGGCCUCCGAGGACACCCGUCUUCGGGGGCAGAGAUCCCGAGACAGGAACAGGUCAGGUCUAUUAAAUCGCAGCAAAUAAGCGCGUCCAAGGAGAGGGAGAGGAUGAUCCAGGGGGUGCAGAGCCUGGGCAGCAACAACACGACCGGUCACAGUAGAGCUGCGUACAGUGUCCUUCACGGCUUCGGCGAGGACGACAUCUCCAUAACGGCCGCAGACUCGGAGACUGUCGCCGGGGCCACAGGCCCGUCAACGAGCAUCGGGUUUGGGCCGGCCACGUCGUUUCUGGAGGCAGGGAGGCAGCUCGCCGUGUCCUUCACGCUCAACCAAAGACAGAGCAUUGCCCUCCGACUGAUAUGCCGUCAAUUGGACCGAGUGCGUCGCGAUGAGCGAGGUACUCCCCAGCUCUGCCAAUUUGUCGGAGGCGAAGGCGGCACUGGAAAGUCGCGGGUCAUCGAAGCUAUCGCCGCGCUGUUUGCAAGCAAAGGAAUAUCGCAUCGUCUGCUGGUAACGGCGACAUCAGGCACAGCAGCAGCACAGAUCAAUGGUAUUACUAUCCACUCCGCGUGCAAUUUGUCCAAAGGCAUCUUGCGAACAAGUCUAUAUACGCACGUCGACGGGAUUCGUUCUUCCAGCUCGGGUGACCUGUACAUCGAUGGCCAGGCCAGGAUGGACUGGCAGGAGAAAUGGCUGCUGAUCGUUGACGAGGUCAGCAUGCUUGGUGCGCGGACGUUACACGCCGCGAACGAGCAGCUGUGCAAGCUUCGGGGUUGCACGGAAGAGUUUGGCGGGAUUCCCAUUGUUGUCUUCUGUGGCGACUUCCACCAGUUCCGCCCCGUUCAAGAGAGGUCGAUUCUCCUCCCAAGCGCUGCCAUUCCCUGGGGUACGGCCGUACAUGGCGUACCCUCUCAGAUCUACGAUCGUUUGGAGCGGAACGAGCCGUCGGCGUCGGAGAAGGCACGAACAGAGCCAGUUGUUCCACGGACAGAGCGUGGUCUGGAAGAGGACGGACCCGUUGAUAUCCGCCAUGUUCUAGCUAUGCUCGGCCAAGGAGACGAUUUUGUUGCAGAUCCAGCCGAGGGGAGUGAGCAGGCUAACGCAGUCGGCGAAGAUGGAAAUGAGGAGGAGGCGGAGCUUGAGAGUGGCGCCGAGGUGAUCCACGAGAUCAUCUCGUCCGGGAUGUUCGCUCUCGAUGACCAGCCGGACAUCAGGGAUGCGGAAAAGUUGCAGCGCUUGUUUUUGUCGACGCUCUGA